AUGGAUCCAUCACUGGCAAAACUACCAACUCACGACCAUCCUUUGACCAUCUCAGCUCGGUUUGUUAAAGACUAUUGCAAAGGCUGCCAUGUAAAAGGUCCCAUCUAUGGAGGCUACCGUUGCAUCCAGCCAGACUGUGCUGGUACCGUCUUCCACAAAGAAUGCGCCGAGGCUCCACCAGAGAUCAUUAACCAUCCUAAUCAUCCUCAACAUCUUCUUAAGCUCGGUUACUAUCCACGCCAAUAUCGAUGUAGUUUACAUGGAAGCUUAAUUUUUGCUUAUGCUUAUCGUUGUUCACAGUGUAACUUUGUCGUGUGUCUCACAUGUGGGAUAAAACCAUCACCUCUUAGGAUUGAACAUCCAAAGUCUCAUGGUCAUCCACUUGUCUUAAUGGAAGAACGAGGCCAUUGUGAAAUUUGCAAGAUCAAUGAUGAUGGUGGAUAUUAUUCUUAUGCAUGUCGUGAAUGUGAUGUUCACGUUCAUAUUGGGUGUGUAAAUCUCUCGCAAGAGGUAAAUCAUCCUUGUCAUCCUCAACAUAGUCUCAAGUUACUCGCAUACGAAUCACUUCCAAAUGUUGUUGAGAAGACAUGUCUUUUGUGUGGAGAAGGGCCAAAAGGAAAUAUGUUUUAUCGUUGUUCGAUAUGCAAUUUCAGCAUAUGUCUAUUUUGUGCAAAGCAUCCACCGACUCUCACUAUCGAGCAUCAGAGGACACACGAGCAUCGGCUUCUUCUUCUAUCAAGACAAAUCUCAUUUGUGUGUAAUGCUUGUGGGAUGCAAGGUGAUCGAAGUCCUUACAUGUGUAUUCAAUGCGGUUUUGUUGUCCAUCGAACUUGUAUCGACUUACCAUGUGUUAUAAGCAUCAAUCGUCAUGAUCAUCGCAUGUCUUUCACUCAUCAUCUAGGCGUUGGAUAUUCGAAUUGUGGAAUUUGUCGCAAAGAUAUAAGUCAAUACAACGGAGCUUAUUCAUGCCUUCUUUGCCCUAACUAUGCUGCUCAUUCACAAUGCGCAACAAGAGAAGAUGUAUGGGAUGGGAUAGAAUUCGAAGAGAAUCCUGACGAUGACGAAGAUAUUGCACCGUUCAAGGUGGUUGGUGAUAACUUGAUAAAACAUUUCAGCCAUGAAGAACAUAAUCUAAGACUCGACAGGGACAAUAUCAAUCAUGAUGAAAGCUCGCGUUGUGAAGCAUGCGUCCUUCCUAUAUGUUCUGAUCCGAUCUACAACUGUGACGAAUGCAGUUUCAUUCUCCAUGAAAAAUGCGCAAAUCUUCCAAAAAAGAAGCGACUUGUGUUCCAUACCAAGCCAUUUACACUAUGGACCAGACCACGCACACUAGAUAGCGAAGAUUUGGAGUAUCGCGAUUAUUUUGUGUGUAGCGCUUGUGGAGUUAAAUCUACUGGUUUCAGGUACAUUUUUGAUUGGUGUGUUCUUGAUGUGCGUUGUGGAUCGCGUUCUGAACCGUUCAUCCAUGAUGGUCACAUACAUCCUUUAUAUUACGAAAUGAGGAUGGAGCGCUAUUGUGACGGAUGUCAUACAAAGAUAAAUGGUUAUGCGCUUUGUUGUGAUGCUUGUGACUUUGAUCUGGAUUUACAUUGUGCUGAUUUACCAAAAGUGGUGAAGCAUAGUUGCGACGAUCAUCCUCUUACCUUAUGCUAUGGCGAAAAUGCAAGCGGAAAAUAUUGGUGUGAUAUUUGUGAGGCGGAAACAAAUCCAAGAAAAUGGUUUUACACUUGUUCUGAUUGCGGGGUCACUGCACAUAUCGAAUGUGUUCUUGGAGAUUUUUCACGUCUCAUGCCAGGACGGAUUAUCAGAUACAAUACUAUUACAGUUAAAGUGGUUCCUAACAACCACAAUUCUCGCCCAUUAUGCGAAAAAUGUAAGUCAAGAUGCAGAGCCCCUUUCAUUCUGAAGCUUUGUGAUCCAUACACCGGAUACAUUUGUUCUCAUCGAUGUGUAUCACCCUACUACAAGUACAACUAA